GUGGGUGCUCUGAGGCUCCCCAGCAGCUGUCGUGAAUGUGUGCGCGCAUGUGUGCUCGUCUGGACUUUCCAGUAGCCUACUUUGCACCAUACAACUUUGUCCGAGAAUCACAGUGGCAAUGACUCUCCAGUGGACGGUGGUGGCUUUCUUCCUGUAUGCAGAGAUCACAGUCAACCUUAUUUUGUGUGUGCCUUUAAUAUCAGCACAGCGGUGGCGUUUGAUUUUCAGGUGGCGAAUAUGGAGCUGGUUAUCUCCUUACUGGAAUAAAUGCUUUUUUACAAUAAUAAUGGUCCUUAUUGUUCUUUUCCUGGACGCUUUACGCGAGGUGCAGAAGUAUUCCGGUCCUGAGCCCAUGCAAGAUGCUAAAGUGAACCCAAAUGUGUACGACCACGUCCACAUGAAGCUUUUCAGAGCCCAGAGGAACCUCUACAUAUCUGGCUUCUCUCUCUUUCUCUGGCUUAUGAUGCGUCGGGUUGCCACUUUGCUAAACCAGGUUGCUGUCACCAUGGAGGACAGCGCAGGUCUUCAGUCACAAAUAGACAAUGCUGUGAGAGCAGCUAAGCAGCAGCAGGAGGACAAACUGACCCUCAAGCAAUCUUUCCUGGAAAAGGAAAAAUCCAUGUCAGCAGCAAAGCAGCAGCUGAAGCUGGAGGUGGAAAAGCUGGCGGGUCAGCUGAAGACUGCCGAGGAGGCUGUUCGUAAGUCUGAUGCUGAUAUUGAGGCAAUGAGGAGACAAGCCAAAGGUCUGGCUCAGGAGUAUGACAGACUGCUCAGAGAACACCAUCAGCUCCAGAAUCUUCAGAGCGCUGAAGACAAAAAGGAUCGGUGAACACUAGAACACAGUAUCAGCUCUUGCUUCCUUCCAUGGACAUUUUUUUUCUUAUACCUCUCGAUUGUGUGCUGUAUCUAGUUUGCUACCCGACCUGUUUUUAUUGUCUUUGAAUCUUCAUUGCUGUUUAAAGUUUGAACUGAGUGCAAUAAACAAAUCUUGCUAUUAACUUACAGUAACUCUUCAUUAUGAAUAUGCAUUGUUUCUUUUUUUACUGACUGCUAAGCUGUGUUAUAAACACAAAGUGUUAGUGUUACUGUAAUGACUUUUAUAUUGUACAUCAAUGGGAUGCACACUAUAAACUAUACACUGUAAUGGGAUGUGCUGUCAUGAACUUGAACAUUUCACA